UCCGCGCGAAAACACGGCCCGCGCGCCGUAGCAGCAUAUAGAAUCCAUAAGAAGACAGGCUGUUGCCGUGCUAUUUCCGAGAGACUUGUUUUUAAAAUACAUUAUUAAUUUUAGCCAUUAUUAUUUCUUCUUCGUUUUCCUUUUUCUUUUAAUCACCUCAAGCGCUCAUUUUAACUGGAGAAAUUCAAAGUUGAAAUGCCAGCCAACACCUUCGUGUCUCUGCCAGAGGACGUCAGGAAGCGGCUUCAGGUGCUUGACGGGGAUGGAGAUGCUCUCUCCGAUGAGGAACUCCUGAAGGAGAAGCUAAGUCUGGUGCAGGAGUUCCUUUGUGCUGAAGCCCAGGACCAGCUUACCAGCCUGGAAACAAAGAUGAAGAAUGAUGAACUCUCCAUGGAGGGAUAUCUGACCAAGGUAAAAGCACUGCUGGGCAAGGAAUUGUGUGGAAGCAGUUCCAGUGAUGAUGGCAAGAUCAAUGGGUGCACCAAUGGAUUUGCUGAGAACUGUUCACAUGAGGAAAACGGCAUGGAGGAGAUGGCUAUGGAGACGGAGGAAGAACGCAGUUCUCUAAAGUCCCCCACUGCUCCCAAAAUGAGAGGUCGGAGGAGCAAAGCUGAUACGGAGCCCAAGAAAUCAUCAGCCAGUUCUAGAGUGACGAGAAACUCCGGAAAACAGCCCACAAUCAUAUCAAUGUUUUCUAAAGUCUCCAGCAAACGCAAGUCUGAAGAGGUAAAUGGUGAAGAUGUUAAUGGAGAAGUUGCUGAGAGGAGUGAGGAGGGUGAUACAGAGGAGGAGGCACGGGAAGAGAAAAGGCUAAAGGUGGAAUUCGAUGGAAAAAUGUCCAUUGACAACACUACAACUGAUAAGACUAAGGCUGCUGCUUUGGUUAAGACUCCACCCCCUAAAUGUCCCGACUGCCGGCAGUAUCUGGAUGACCCAGACCUCAAGUUUUUUCAAGGAGACCCUGAUGAUGCACUGGAUGAGCCAGAGAUGCUGACAGAUGAACGUUUGUCACUGUUUGAUUCAAAUGAAGAUGGGUUUGAGAGUUAUGAGGACCUUCCCCAACAUAAGAUUACAAACUUCAGUGUCUAUGACAAGCGAGGACACUUGUGUCCCUUUGACUCUGGGUUGAUUGAGAAGAAUGUGGAGUUGUACUUCAGCUGUGCUGUCAAGCCCAUCUAUGAUGACAACCCAUGCUUGGAUGGUGGUGUUCCUGCGAAGAAACUAGGCCCAAUUAAUGCCUGGUGGAUCACAGGUUUCGAUGGAGGAGAGAAGGCUCUCAUUGGAUUCACUACAGCUUUUGCGGACUACAUUCUGAUGGACCCCAGUGAGGAGUAUGGGCCCAUCUUUGCCCUCAUGCAGGAGAAGAUCUAUAUGAGCAAGAUUGUAGUGGAGUUCCUGCAGAAGAACCCUGAUGCAACCUAUGAAGAUCUACUGAAUAAAAUUGAGACCACAGUGCCUCCAGCUGGGCUGAACUUCAAUCGCUUCACAGAGGACACGCUGCUGCGACAUGCCCAGUUUGUUGUUGAGCAGGUGGAAAGCUAUGAUGAGGCAGGGGAUUCAGAUGAGCAGCCCAUCAUUGUCACCCCCUGCAUGAGGGAUCUCAUCAAGUUGGCUGGGGUCACACUAGGCAAGAGCAUGCUGUUGUACUGGCGAGCAGCAAGAAGACAAGCCAUACGACACCCAACCAAGAUUGAGAAGGACAGCAAGGGUCCCACAAAGGCCACCACCACAAAGCUGGUUUACCAGAUUUUUGAUACUUUCUUCUCUGACCAGAUUGACCAGAAUGACAAGGAAGGUGGGGUGAAGCGACAGCGCUGUGGUGUUUGUGAGGUGUGCCAGGCUCCCGACUGUGGAAAGUGCACGGCCUGUAAGGACAUGAUCAAGUUUGGGGGUACUGGUCGUAGUAAACAGGCCUGUCAGAAAAGGAGAUGCCCAAAUUUGGCGGUGAAAGAAGCAGAGGAUGAUGAGAACAUGGAGGAAGAAGAUGUACUUUCCUUGCUGAAGGCCUCGUCUAAAAAAAUGUCUGAAGCCAAGAAAAAGAAGCAGAGUCAGAGCAAAUUGUCCUGGUUGGAUGAGCCUGUCCAGAGAGAAGGGAAAAAGGAGUACCACAUGAAAGUGUGUAUUGACAACCAGAUUCUGGAAGUGGGAGAUUAUGUAUCUGUUAGCCCAGAUGACCCCUCACAUCCUCUCUACCUGGCCAGGAUCACAGCACUAUGGGAGGAUAACAAUGGGAAGAUGUUCCAUGCUCACUGGUUCUGCCGUGGUACAGACACAGUGCUGGGGGAGUCAUCAGACCCCCUGGAGCUGUUCCUGGUGGAUGAGUGUGAGGACAUGCAGCUUAGCUAUGUGAAGGACAAAGUCAAUGUUUUAUACAAGGCCCCGUCUAACAACUGGUUUAUGGAGGGUGGAAUGGAUGACGAAAUGAAAGUGAUCGAGGAUGAUGGAAAGAGCUUUUUUUACCAGCUGUGGUACGAUAGUGAGUUUGCUCGUUUUGAGACACCGCCUAAGGUGACAUCUUCUGAAGACUACAAGUUUAAUUGCAGGUUCUGUGCCAGCUGUGCCAGGAUCCAGGAGCGAGAAGAGCAGGAAACUCCACGGAUACUGGAGCCCAUGGAGGAAGAACAUGAUUCGAAGAUCCUGUAUGGCUUGGCCUGUCUGAAAGGGGAGCAGUACCGUGUAGGAGACAGUGUCUACAUGCUGCCUGAGGCUUUCUCCUUUGCGGUGAAGGCUGCUAGUCCAGUGAAACGCUCACACAGGAAGGAUGAUGUGGAUGAAGAGCUCUACCCUGAGUACUACAGGAAGUCUUCAGACUAUAUCAAAGGCUCUAACCUGGAUGCACCAGAGCCUUUCCGUAUUGGUCGGAUCAAGGAGAUUUUCUGCAAUAAGCGCAGCAACGGGAAGCCCAACCAGGAUGAGAUAAAGCUGCGCCUCUACAAAUUCUAUAGGCCGGAGAACACCCACAAGGGUCCAAAGGCAGGGUACCACACUGAUAUCAACCAGCUGUACUGGAGUGAUGAGGAGGUCACUGUGGACCUGGUAGAUAUUCAGGGACGAUGUCGAGUUGAGUAUGGAGAAGACCUCACUGAGAGUGUGCAGGAGUAUUCUAGCUAUGGUCCUGAUCGCUUUUACUUCUUGGAGGCCUAUAAUGCCAAGACAAAGAGCUUUGAAGAUCCACCAAACUAUGCACGGUCUUCUGCUCACAAAGGGAAGGGAAAAGGCAAGGGUAAAGGAAAGGGCAAAGGGAAAGCAACCCCUCAGGAGCAGUUGGAACAGGAACCCCAAGACCCCAAGGUUCCCAAACUACGUACAUUGGAUGUGUUCUCUGGUUGUGGAGGGCUGUCUGAGGGUCUCCACCAGGCUGGGAUCUCUGAGACCUUAUGGGCCAUUGAGAUGUGGGAGCCAGCUGCCCAGGCCUUCAGACUCAACAACCCUGGAGCCACUGUGUUCACAGAGGACUGCAAUGUGUUGCUGAAGCUGGUCAUGUCGGGUGAGAAGACCAACUCUCUGGGUCAGAAGCUUCCCCAGAAGGGGGAUGUGGAGAUGCUGUGUGGUGGUCCACCAUGCCAAGGUUUCAGUGGAAUGAACCGCUUUAACUCGCGUACUUACUCCAAGUUCAAGAAUUCCCUGGUGGUCUCCUAUCUCAGCUACUGUGAUUACUACAGACCCAAAUUCUUCCUGCUGGAGAACGUGAGGAACUUUGUGUCAUUCAAGCGCUCCAUGGUGCUGAAGCUCACCCUCCGCUGUCUGGUGCGCAUGGGCUACCAGUGUACCUUUGGGGUCCUACAGGCUGGGCAGUAUGGUGUGGCACAAACAAGGCGCAGGGCCAUCAUCCUGGCAGCUGCCCCAGGGGAGAAGCUGCCCCAUUACCCUGAGCCACUGCAUGUGUUUGCCCCACGUGCUUGUUCCCUCAGUGUGGUGGUGGAUGAGAAGAAAUAUGUCAGCAAUGUCACACGGGGUAAUGGUGGAAUUUACAGGACUAUCACGGUCAGGGACACCAUGUCUGAUUUGCCUGAGAUUCAAAAUGGUGCAUCGGCACUGGAGAUCUCUUACAAUGGGGAGCCCCAGUCCUGGUUCCAGAGGCAGAUCCGUGGGUCCCAAUACCAGCCUAUCCUGCGGGACCACAUUUGUAAGGACAUGAGCCCUCUUGUGGCAGCCCGCAUGCGCCAUGUGCCUCUGGCUCCAGGUUCUGACUGGAGGGAUCUGCCUAACAUUGAGGUCCGCCUACGGGACGGUACCUCUACCAAGAAGCUGCGCUACACGCACUCGGACAAGAAGAAUUGCCGUAGCAGCACCGGGGCUCUGAGGGGCGUCUGUGCCUGUGCUGCAGGGAAGCCAUGUGACCCAGCAGACCGUCAGUUCAACACGCUGAUCCCCUGGUGUCUGCCGCACACGGGAAACAGGCACAACCACUGGGCUGGGCUUUAUGGCCGGCUGGAGUGGGACGGCUUCUUCAGCACCACAGUCACCAAUCCUGAGCCAAUGGGCAAGCAGGGACGUGUUCUACACCCAGAGCAGCACCGUGUCGUAAGCGUGAGGGAGUGUUCUCGCUCGCAGGGUUUCCCUGACACCUACAGGUUCUUUGGGAACAUCCUGGACAAACACAGACAGGUGGGGAAUGCUGUGCCACCCCCUCUUGCCAAAGCCAUUGGACUGGAGAUUAAGAAAUGUGCUUCAGAGAAGAUGAAGGGGAACACUCAGAUCCCCUCAGAGCUUGUGAAGGAGGAGAAGCUCAAUAUGUUGGAUUAGGCUGACCAUCCUGAAGCCAUUUAUUAUCUUGAAGGUCCCCAGCAUCAUGUCAUGGUUCCAUUUUACCUCGUGGGAAGGAGGCUCAUUUUUAUGGACAGUCUGUGCAGUGUCAUCUUGUUUUUUCUAAAUGAUUUUAACCAUGUAUUUUCAGAUCCAC